AUCCUUCUCUUUAGAUCGUCUCCUAUCCAUCCUCUAGUCUGCCAUUCACACAAAGAGCUGGUUGCUAGGUUUACAGGUUGAAACUAAAAAUGGAGAACAUGCAGCCUCUUAACUUCACCAACUCUUCCCCUGCCAGUUUCCCAGACAAGGAAUAUAACAAUACAUUUGUUCACUUGUGGAAAAUAUUGAUCAUAAUAUGUUUCAGCAUAACAUUUUUGGGAACAGUGAGCAAUGGACUGGUCAUAUGGAUCUCUGGAUUCCGAAUGAAAAAGACAGUUAAUGCCAUUUGGUAUCUUAACCUCAGCAUUGCCGACUUUUCUUUCUGUUUUAUUUCUUUUCUUCUUGUAUUGAUUUCUAUUCUGGUUGCCCACUGGCUCUCCGGGCAGAUAAUGUGCAAAGUCAUGUUUACCAGCCUCUUCCUAAACAUGCAGGUCAGUAUCUUUUUCUUAAUGACCAUCAGUGUGGAUCGUUGCAUCUCUGUUCUGUGCCCUGUAUGGUCAAAAAAUCAUAGAUCUCUAAAGUUAGCUAGGAACAUCUCAGUGAUAAUCUGGCUCUUAGGAUUGGCCCUCAGCUCUCCUUAUGUUGCUUUUGCUGGUAUUGAACACAAUCCAUACAAUAAUACUACUGAUUGUGCACUCACGUAUGCAACCUCAGAUGACACAACAUGGCAUGCAAGGGACAAAGCUAUGUUUGUCACUAGCUUUAUAUCAAUAUUCCUGAUCCCAUUUUCCAUCAUCACUGUUUGCUAUGGGCUCAUUACAUUCUGGAUAAGAAAGAGCAGCAAACGCCUUGGGUCCAGUCGAACUUUCAAGAUUAUAGUUUCUGUUGUCCUUUGUUUCUUUUGCUGCAAAUUUCUUUUUCCUUUGCUUUCUCUCCUCGACUUUAUGGAGGUUGAAAUGAACUCACUCUUUCGUUUUGUAAUGAGUGGUAUUGCAAUAUGCUCUACUUUCUUUCACAGUUGUCUCAACCCAGUGAUCUAUGCCUUUGUUAGCCAGGACUUUAAAAGAUCCCUAAGGAAGUCAAUCCCAUUUCUUCUAAAAAGAGCAGUCAGAGAGAAAGAUGACCCACUUGAAACACAUGACAACUCUGCUGUGGGAAAUGAGCUGAUGCCAUGCCAUGCUUGAUGUGCUACAAUGUCAGUUAUACAAAAGUGCUUCUGCUUCAUCUGAUUCCUGAUAAAUACACAUGUAGCUUUGCUAUCCUGGAUCAUUAUAUCUUCAUUGAACGAAAGUCUCUAAACUACAUUGUGUAUAAAUAUCAGCCUUAAUAUAGUCUGUAAAAUAUUCCCCCAGUUUAAUUUGACUAUGAAAUGGCAAAAUCGUGUUCUGUUACAAUCCAGUGCUGCUUCCCUUUCUCCACUAACAAAGAUUUCCCUGAGCAACAGCAUGUGCACCGCAGAGCUGUUCCUGUAUUUGCAUAGUCAGCCUGUACAUGCUGAUAGUCUUGACUCUGUUAGUAGUGAUGGGUGAAUUUAUUCGCCAGGCGCG